GCGCUUCCGAUUCUCUUUCUCCCCUCCUCCGUCCGCCCUCCGGUUGUCUUCCUUCUCCAAUUCCCCCCACCCAACAACGCACCCCCACAACCAGACGAGCACGGACGGACCUCCGCACCCCGCACCCCACGACGAGCGCCAAUUCCGAAGCGCCGCCCCCUCGAUCCGCCCGGCCCGGCCCUCCCCACCGCGCCCUUGCGUCCGCCAGCCACUACCGUUCCCUCCCUACCGUUUGCCGUCGCCCUCUUCCUUCCGGCGCCGGCCACACCCCCGACGCGGCGGACCAAAACCAACGCCAUGAGGGUCCACCCGGCCCCGCGGAAGCGCACCAUCGCGGUGCAGCGCUGCGCCACGGCGGCGGCGGCGGCGGGCGCGGUCGGCGGGAAGAAGCUGCGCCGGCUGCCGCACAUCUUCGCCAAGGUGCUGGAGCUCCCGUUCGCGGCCGACGCGGACGUGUCCGUGGAGGAGGACGCCGCCGCGCUGCGGUUCGUCGCCGCCGCCGUCGUCGACGUCGACGGGUUCUCCUUCUCCCCCGCGGGUGGCCCCCGCGCGCACGCCGUCGAGAUCCACCCGGGGGUCACCAAGGUCGUCGUCCGGGGCCUGUCCUCCGGCGCCCACGAUGACGACGACGAUGGGGCAGCCGCCGCCUUCGAGCUCGACCGCUGGCGGUUCCGCCUCCCGCCCUGCACGCGCCCCGCCAUGGCCACCGCCACCUACGCCCAGGGCGAGCUCGUCGUCACCGUCCCCAAGGGCGCCGGCCCCGACGACGGCGACGGCGAUGCGGCCGCUGCUGCCCUCGGUGGCACGGACCGCGUCCUCGUGCUUGUAUAGUCCUAUAAUCCCAUUCCCAUCCAUGACUCUUCUCGACUUCGCCUGUUUUGCUGAUUCGCCUCCUGUUUCUGUUUUCUACUACUGCUAAUAUCAAUAUUGAUAUCACGCGCGAGAUGAUGAUGAUGAUGAUAAACAGAGCAGUUAGAGUAAUAAUAAUAAUGCCUGUGGAUCCGCCUUUGCUGCUAAUUCUCCGUCCAAACUUUGUCAUUUCAUUGUGCACUUUGUCAGCAGUUUCUCCAGCUUUAAUAAAAACACUUGUAGCAUGCAGUUCAGCUCAUGCUGAUGAGCCA